UUAAUUUUUAUGUUAGUAGAAGUAACAUUAAUAAGACAUAAUGUUUUUAUUUAAUGCAUUAUAUACAUCAUUUAGUCCAUUUUCUCAGUCUCUCUCUCUCUUUUUUGUUGUUGUGAUGAUGACUUAACUGAAUGACUACUGUGCAGACUUGCAAAGUAUUGAGUAGCAUGUGGUCCAAAAUUGGCCGUCUCAAACGCUCGUUCAUGCCUAGGCUUAAAGGGAACACUAAUUUUGGGCUCAUGUCUUGCAUUGCUGGGGCUAUUAUUUAUUCGUUAACAGACCUUUCAAAGACACAGCUGAACCGGGACAGGGAAGACUUAUCACCUAAUGACAUUCCGAAAAUGUUUCAGUCCUCUAAAACACUUGUGGAACUUAUUGAAUGUGGGCAGACAGAUGCAUGGUUAUCCAUGGAGCUCAUGUUUCAUCUAAGUGUUCUUCCUCUCACUCUCCAGCUUACUAACAUAAGUGGCAACCUCUGGGGGAAAACUCUUCAAGGAUCCAGGGCGCAAAGAACUGAAUACUACUUACUACAUACAUUCCACUCGAGAAAGUACAUCCUCCCAGACAAAAUCUCGCAACGUAUGAAGGAUAUAAAGUCAUCAAAAAGAAGAAUCAGCCACAGUGUAGAUGAAUUGGAUGCUGACUUGGAUCUGGAAAAUGAUGGCAGAAAAACAAAGAAGGGUGGUCCAGCCUACGCUGGUGGAUUGGUUUUGGAGCCAAAGAAAGGCUUAUACGACAAAUAUGUGUUGCUUCUUGACUUCAAUAGUCUAUACCCGUCUAUUAUACAGGAAUAUAAUAUAUGUUUCACGACUGUACCACGAUCAGAAGAUGGUGUUCCUCGUUUACCUUCUAGUCAGACACCUGGAGUUCUUCCAAAGUUGAUGGAACAUUUGGUCAGUUUAAGGAAACGUGUCAAACAAAAGAUGAAGAAGGAAACAGGUGUCAAGUACUGGGAGCUUGACAUUCGGCAGCAGGCAUUAAAACUCACAGCCAAUAGCAUGUAUGGAUGUCUGGGGUUCUCUGAUUCAAGAUUCUAUGCUAAGCCUUUAGCAGAACUCAUAACACUGCAGGGAAGGGAGAUCCUGCAAAGAACCGUAGAUCUUGUGCAGAAUCAUUUAAACCUGGAGGUGAUUUAUGGUGACACAGAUUCAAUCAUGAUUCACAGUGGACUAGAUGAUAUUGAAGAGGUCAAAACCAUCAUAACAAAAGUCAUCCAAGAGGUCAAUAAGAAGUACAGAUGUAUGAAAAUUGAGUGUGAUGGCAUAUAUAAGAGAAUGCUAAUUCUAAGAAAAAAGAAGUAUGCUGGCGUCAAGUUGCAGUUCAAAGACGGGAAGACUUGCGAGGAAAUUGAAAGAAAGGGUGUGGAUAUGGUUCGUCCAGAUUGGAGCUUACUCUCCAAGGAAAUUGGAGAUUUAUGCUUGGCUAAGAUCUUUUAUGGAGGGUCGUGUGAGGAUGUUGUUGAAGCAAUUCAUAACGAACUUGUGAAGGAGUUUACUCUUCUUUUUCAUCUUUUAACAUGUGGCUUUGAUCAAUGCAACAGAUAAAAGAGGAAAUGAGAAAUGGGCCAGUUGCACUUGAAAAGUAUGUCAUCACCAAGGCCUUGUCUAAGUCACCUGAAGCUUAUCCAGAUUCCAAAAGCCAACCACACGUUCAAGUCGCACUCAGAAUGAGGCAACAUGGUUUCAAAGAAGGUUUCAGUGCUAAGGAUACUGUACCUUAUAUA